AUCUAGGGUAUUAGUGUCUUUUUACCUAUUAAAUGAAAUAUUUUGGUCAUAUUCCUCCUUGUGGUGUAUUUUUGUGACCAAAACUUGAAAAUGAUCUAUUUAUGAGAAUUACCCAUCAUUUUAUCACUCAUGAAAAAUGACAAAACCACAAAAAAAACUUUUCCCACCAAAAUUACAAAACAAAUUUUUCCGCCAAAAUCACAAAACACAAAUUUCCGCCAAAACCAUAAAAAUACGUUUUUCCGUCAAAACGUGUUUUCCCUCCAAAACUGUAAAAACGUGGUUUCUCGCCAAAACCGCAAAAACGCAUUUUCCUGCCAAAACCACAAAAACGUGUUUUCCCACCAAAACCAUACAAGCGCGUUUUCCCGCCAAAAUCGUAAAUCGCGUUUUCCCGCCAAAAUCAUAAAAGCACGUUUUUUACUAAAAGCGUAAAAACUGUUUCCUGCCAAAACCGCAAAAAUGCAUUUUCUGCCAAACUCAUAAAAAUGCGUUUUUUCUGCCAAAACCGUGAAAUCGUGUUUUUCCGCCAAAACCGAAAAAACAAGUUUCCCGCCAAAACCGAAAAACAAGUUUCCCGCCACAAUCACAAAAACGUGUUUUCUCGUCAAAACCGCAAAAGCUCAUUUUCCCACCAAAACCGUAAAAACGAUUUUAUAACAAACCCGCAAAAAUACGUUUUCCCGCCAAAACCGUAAAAUUAUUUUUUCCCGGCAAAACCACCAAAACAUGUUUUUCCACCAAAAUCGCAAAACGUGGUUUCCCAUCAAAACUGCAAAACACGGUAUCUCGCCAAAACAGUAAAAACGUGUUUUCCCGCCAAAACCGUAAAAAUGCGGUUUCUUGCUAAAAUCUUACCAUUGCUUUCAUCUUUUAAAAUUUUGUUUUAAAAACUUUAAGUACAUGAUGCUCUUACCAUUGCUUUCAUCUUUUAAAUUUUUAGUUUUAUAAAAUUUGUUGCACUUUGAGUUUCUACUUUGACUUGUUUGGAAGUUUAUUCAAAUUUGAGUUUCUAUUUUGAGUUUUAUGAAAAGUUAUAGUAAUAGUUAAAUUUUAACACAAAUUUAAAUAAAAAUAAAUAAAUUUAUAUGAAAUAAAAAUUUAUAAAUGUGAAAUGCUAAUUUUAAAAUAAUUUCAGUGUAAAUAUAUUUUAUACUAAAUAAUAAAAGUUAUUAUAGUUAAAAUCAAUAUCAAACAUAUGAUUAAAUCAAAACAAGAGUAUAUUUGUAAUUUGUUCAUUAAACUCAUCUGGAUGAAAAUAUAAAUAAAGAAACAAACAUAAAAUACAUCAGGAUGAAUCAUCUAGAUGGCUUAUCUAGAUGGAAAAACGAACAUCUCUUAAAAUCUGGUAAUUUGGAUGGAUCACAUAGAUGGAGCAACUGGAUGAAGAUGAUAGAUGGAGAAACGAACAUCCCCCUAUUUGACCAUCACACAACUGCACUUGAGCUAUGCUGUCUACAUUCUAUCUCAGUUCAUGAAAACUCCUUUGGUUGCACAUUGGGAAGCAGCCUUACGUCUGGUAUAAUAUCUCAAGGGCACUCUUCAAGAUGUUUUGUUCCUUCUCAUCCAGGUUCUUUUGCAUUGUGAUAGUCAAGCUAUCAUUAUAGUAAAACUAUCAUUCACAUAGCUGUGAAUUCCAUAUUGCACGGACAAACCAAACACAUAGAACCGACUAUCAUCAUGUUCGUGUUGUUGUUCAAGAUGAGAUUGUGGUCAUAGAACACAUAACCACAAAACACCAAGUUGCUGAUUUAUUUAAUAAAGUUUUCACAAAACUAUUAUUUGAAAUACUUUUGUCCAAGUUAGGUGUUUGAAACUGCAUACCACUUACUUAAGUAGGGAUAUUGGGAUUAAGAUCUUAAUGUACUUUCAAUGAGAUGUAUGUUUUAGAAUUUUGUAUAUAUUAAGAAAACAUAUAAAAUUUGACUAUCAAUAGUAUUUUAAUAAAUACAACUAUGUUUUUUUUUUUAAGUUUACAAUUUACUAUUAAUUAAUACAUUGAAAAUGUAAAAAAAUAUUUUUUUGAAAUAUUUUUUUUUCUAUGGAGGGACUAUGUUAUUUAUAAUAUCUUCGAGAUACAAUUUAGAUAUUAUAUUUCUCGUAUUAGAAAAUACUGCAAUAUAUAUAUAUAUAUAUAUGUAUAUAUAUUAUGUUGUACAUUGAACAUUAUACGCAAAAAAUACACUUGAGAGAAAAGCAGCCAAUAAAGUUUCAAUUAGUUUAGGAGUAAAACAAGUUUUGGCUGAGAAUUAACCACAAACACAAUUAUUAAAAUGAUGAGUCGACAUGUAUUGUUUACUUAUUGACAUCAUUUGUUUUCAAUCCAUACCAAAAGUUCAUAUUGUAAGAAUUUGGAUCAGAUACGGAAUAUUCGUAUUUCUUAACAUGACUACAUGAGAAAGCAAGCACACACCCACACAGAGAAUUCGUUGGUGCGUUUCCAUCCCAUAUAUGGUGCCAGGCUGCCAGCAUAUCCAGAUGAAGAUGAAAAUCUUUCAAGUGCUGUGAUAGUCUUUGUGCCAGAUGUGGUCUUAGGUGUCGGAAUUUCCAAGUCACCCCUCCUACAGCUUUAGUACUUGUAAUAAUUAACCUCAUAUGUUUAUUAAUUUGACCUCGUAUUAUUCAUUUUCUUUUUAAAUGGGAUAGUCCUAAGCCCACAUAUAACGACAACAAAUACGUGUUGUCGAGUAAAAACCUUAAUUUAUCAUUAAGAUUUGUUUUUAGAAAAAAAAAAUAAAAGAAAAAAAUGAAACAAAAGAGGCUUUGAUUUGAAUUGUCGCUUUGUCAGCUUUCACUGAAAACCUUCUUAUAACACAAUAAUGGUUAAUGAUUAUGUAUCACCAAUUUCGUAAUUACUCUUCAAAAUGGGGUAAAUUCAAAACCUAAAAAUUAAAUAUUGUGACGUUAAUAUCAAAAGUGCCAAAAAUGUGGGGACUAGUUUACAAGUUUUUAUAUAAUAAAAAGGAAAAUUGAAAAGAAAAAAAAACAGUUGAGCUUAGGCAAAAAAGCCGUUUCUAUUGCUUCUUUAUUUCUCUUUCUCUGUGUGUGUCCCCCUUCCUUCUCACUGCGUCUCGAUCUUCGUCUUUCUUUUGGGGUUUUUAUUGCUAUAAUUCUUCUUCUAUAUGCAUCGUGUUCGUUUUCUCAAUCGAUUUGACAAAUCGUGAGAAAGAUAGAAGGUGUUGAUUUUUUUGUUUGAUUUUUUAAAUGGAGCAGCUUGUUAACUUCAUCAUUCGACCCCCAAGAGCUGAAUACAAACCGGAACAUGAUCUUUUGGAACAGGAGUUCUUGCUCAAAGGGAGAUGGUACCAGCGGAAAGAUUUAGAGGUGAAAAACAUCAGGGGAGAUGUCCUUAAGUGUAGUCAUUACAUGCCACUUGAGCGUCCCGAAGAUAGGCCUCUACCUUGUGUAAUAUACUGCCAUGGCAACAGUGGAUGUAGAGCUGAUGCCAGUGAAGCUGCCAUCGUAUUACUUCCUUCAAACAUCACCAUUUUCACGCUGGACUUCUCGGGAUCUGGUCUCUCUGGCGGGGACUAUGUCACAUUGGGGUGGAAUGAAAAAGAUGAUCUGAAAGCGGUGGUUGAGUAUUUGCGCACAGAUGGAAAUGUGUCUCUGAUUGGCUUAUGGGGUCGUUCAAUGGGUGCUGUCACAAGCUUGAUGUAUGGAGCUGAGGAUCCCUCUAUCGCAGCGAUGGUUCUAGACAGUCCAUUCUCUGAUUUGGUCGAUUUGAUGAUGGAACUUGUAGAUACAUAUAAGUUCCCAUUACCCAAGUUUACUAUAAAAUUUGCAAUACAAUAUAUGAGGAGAGCUGUUCAGAAGAAAGCCAAGUUUGACAUAACGGAUCUCAACACCAUUAAGGUAGCGAAGUCAUGUUUUGUUCCAGUUUUAUUUGGACAUGCCAUAGACGAUGACUUUAUUGGCCCUCAUCACUCAGAGCGUAUAUAUGAAGCAUACAUAGGAGACAAAAACAUCAUCAAAUUCGAGGGAGACCACAAUUCACCGCGGCCACAAUUCUACUUUGAUUCGAUAAACAUUUUUUUCCAUAACGUUCUUCAACCUCCAGAGGUGGUUGGGACCAGAUUGUUUGACCCCGUGGAUGAUUAUUUUGUCAAGGGCAGUUGUUGGAGUACCAUGCAAGAACUAAGUUCUCAACCAUCCUCCGCACAGAAAAGUAAGUCAUCUGGGUCCAGGUUUUAUAUAACCAUGUGGCAACAUCUUUACUCAUUGGUUUCAGGUUUAGCUGCAGGCAGUAGUACGUCCGGUGCAAUCAAUGACGUCCGAAUGAAAAGACCUAUGAGUCGCACAGAGGUUCCUUCGAACGUCCCAUCUAAUCAAUCAUCUUCAGAAACCAAGGAAAAGGAGAAUUACGAAGUCUCCAGUAGUUCAUCUUCUGAUAUGAUCAGCUUUGAUUUGUCUAAUGGGGAUCCAUAUCCUCCUCAUCUAUCUGUAGCCUUAGAUGAUGAUCAAUAUGUGGAGUUUCAAGUAGAGGAACUAGCAGAUUUUCCAUCUAAUCCAGAUGAAGAAGAGAGGAUGCUGAUGGAAGCGGUGAUGAAAUCGCUCAAGGACGUGGAGGUCGAAACUCAUCAGAAUAAAGAACCUUCCAAGACCACCGAUACAGAGAACACUGUAGAAAAAGAAGGUAAUGCUUCUUCUACUACAGAACCAGAAUCAGCACAUCCUGAGACAUUUUCUGCUUUCGGUCCAACACCAAGUAACCAUGAUGCACCAUUAUCUUCUGAAGCCAAUGCUACAUCGGAUUCUCUGCCAGGACCCGUAAAUGGUAGUCAGGACACAGACGACCUCAUUGACUUGUCAUCACGUACAAAGGCAACAGUGACUGUGGUUGGACGUAGUAGCACAUCAGGAAACGUCUUAGACGGGUUAUUACGCCGGUGGGAUCUCAAUUUCUUCAAAAGUAGAUAAUAUCAUAAAGAUGUGUUUUGGUUUGGGUAAAUUAGAAAGCAAAGCUUAAGUGUUUAAAGGUUUGUCACGUCAAGUUAUCUUCUGAUUAUGAUUUUAUAUGAUUUUUUUUCCAUUUAAUGUUACUUGACAAGAAAAAAAUCCUCUCGUGUAUAAUAUCCAUGUGUAACACAUGUACACGAACCAAAACUCCGCUGCAACAACCUAUCAAGUUUCAAAUUCUUGAGUUUA